CAUAAUUAAUUGACAACACUCACCGACCCCACCAGUCCAAAAACACCGUGUGUCUUUUUGCCUUACCUGGUCCCCACUAUCAUGAUUUUGCACACCCAAAAUCAAUCCCUCCAGCUGGUCUUUUCCAUCACCACAUCUGAACCGUUCAUUUCCCUCACAAUUCGUGCCUUAAAGAUACAGAAAAUCUAACGGCUCUUGAUUUGACCAAAACAACUCACACCGAAUCUGCUAUAUAUAUCUAUAUAUAUAUCCCCUCUCACCGUAAUUUAUCAUCAUACUUGCACCACUCUCAUUCUGCGUGUUCCGACCUCAUUGAACAAGAAAAGCAACUGCUAUGGCUCGUUCAAGCUUAGUGUUCUUGAUGUUAAUGGCGGUGCUUGCGGUGUCCUCCGUGGCACAGUCACCAACAUCCUCCCCUGUAUCUUCUCCGACAAAAUCUCCGGUAGCUACUCAAACACCUGCUUCUACCGUUAAGCAACCUGUAUCUGCGCCUUCUCCAUUGAAGACUCCACAGGCAAAUGCGCCAUCACCGGCUACUGUUGACUCGCCUCCAUCUCCUCCUUCUCUGUCUUCCCCGGCUCCUGCUACAAUUGCUUUCCCUCCUUCCUCAAUUUCUGGCACACCAUCUGAAGCCCCUGCUCCUGCUGAAAACGGUGUGGGAUUAAAUAGAUUUGCUAUUGCUGGGUCUCUAGCUGCCGGUGCUUUCGCUGCCGUUUUGGUGUUAUAGAGUGAAUAUAUUAUAUAUGUUUCUCUGAAUAUAUAAUAUAUUAUAUAUGUUUGUCUGAAAUGUGUUUCAUUUUAAUUAUUUACAUUUUUUAGCAAUUCUUUGUAUUAUUUUAUCUGAAAAAAAAUUUAAAUUUUUGUAUUA